AUGGCUGCCUCAGCUAUGCUGAAGAGCCGCGUUCGCCGGCCUUCAUAUCUGAGCAAGCUGGCCAAAGCAGAGGAUCUGAUAGAUUUGUUUCCUCACGGAUCAUAUAUUGGCUGGUCUGGUUUUACCGGUGUGGGAUAUCCAAAGAAAGUGCCCACUGCUUUGGCAGACCAUGUUGAGAAGAAUAACCUGCAAGGUCAACUCAAAUACAGCCUCUUUGUGGGUGCCUCGUCUGGCGCCGAGACCGAGAAUAGAUGGGCACGCCUCAAUAUGAUCGACCGUCGGAGCCCUCACCAGGUUGGAAAGGAAAUCGCCAAGGGAAUCAACAAUGGAAACAUCAACUUCUUCGAUAAGCAUCUUAGCAUGUUUCCGUCAGAUCUUGUCUAUGGUUGGUAUACCAAGGAGCGACCUCAUAACAGGCUUGACGUGACCGUUAUCGAAGCCACUGCCAUCACCGAGGAUGGCGGUAUUAUUCCCGGUGCCUCCGUCGGCGCGUCUCCGGAGCUGGUCCAGAUGGCCGACAAGAUUAUUAUCGAAGUCAACACCGCGACACCUUCCUUCGAAGGCUUGCACGAUAUCUCCCUUUCCGAUCUUCCACCCAGAAGGAAACCAUACUUGAUUCUGUCUCCGGAGGACCGCAUCGGUACACCCCAUAUCCCCGUCGAUCCCGAGAAGGUCGUUGCUAUUGUCGAAUCGGACUACCCCGACGCCACGCAGCCUAAUGCGCCGGAAGACGAGUCAUCCCGUGCCAUUGCGCGCAACCUGAUUGAAUUCCUGAAACACGAGGUCUCGAGGGGCCGUCUCCCCGAGAGCUUGCUGCCCAUCCAGUCUGGUAUCGGCAACAUUGCCAAUGCCGUCAUUGGUGGCUUGAGCCAUGGCGCAAAUUUCCGCAACCUGAAGGUGUGGACCGAAGUGCUCCAGGAUUCGUUCUUGGACCUGUUUGAUAGCGGUCACCUGGACUUUGCUACCGCUACGUCGAUUCGAUUCUCUCCCGACGGAUUCAAGCGAUUCUACGACGGCUGGGAGAAAUACUCCCCCAAAUUGCUUCUGCGUUCGCAGCAGGUGUCCAACUCCCCCGAAAUCAUCCGGCGACUGGGUGUUAUUGGCAUGAACACGCCUGUCGAAGUGGACAUCUACGCGCACGCAAACAGCACUUGCGUCAUGGGAUCGCGCAUGCUUAACGGUCUGGGCGGAUCGGCGGAUUUCCUUCGCAGCGCCAAAUACAGUAUUAUGCACACGCCGAGCACUCGGCCCAGCAAGACGGAUCCUACGGGAGUCAGCUGCAUUGUACCGAUGUGUACACACGUCGACCAGACCGAGCACGACCUGGAUGUCGUGGUUACCGAGCAGGGUCUUGCUGAUGUGCGUGGUCUGUCUCCUCGCGAACGCGCACGUGUCAUCAUCGACAAGUGCUCGCACCCAGACUACAAGCCCAUCCUGCAAGACUAUUUUGAUCGGGCCGAGUUUGAGUGCUUGAAGAAGGGCAUGGGUCAUGAGCCUCACCUGCUUUUCCAGGCAUUCAAUAUGCACAAGAACCUGGCCGAAAAGGGCACUAUGAAGAUUGACUCUUGGGAGUAA